ACUCGCUCAGAGGAAACAGCUGCUCAUUUCAUGCUUUGACACUUAGCCACUACACACGGCGUGGGGAUGUUUGUGGAAUACCCCUGUAGAGAAACACACACCUAUUUUGCUUAAAUUGCAAGUCCUACACAAAGACGUAUUUUUCUCCGCUAUGAUAUUUUGGAGAGCAAACAUAAAUCAUUGAUGAAGGAACAAAAAUGGGAUCCGCUACUUUCAAAAAGGCAGCUUCGCUGGAUGAACUUCUAUACACAUGUAUUGGAAUAUUUGAUGAGAAAGGGAAUGUUGACAGCAACCAGUUACCCCGCAUUGUCUUGUUAAUGCACCGAUGGUAUUUGCCUUCUACUGAACUUGCUGGAAAACUUCUUUCAAUCUAUCGCAAUGCCAGUGGAGAGCACUGCAAUGAACAUCGUUUGAAGACAUGCUAUUUCAUAAGAUACUGGAUUUUAGAGUUCCCUGCAGAAUUCAAUUUGGAUUUGGGCUUGAUUCGACUGAUGGAAGAGUUCAGAGAGCUAGCAUGCAAACUGGGAAAUGAAGAACAUAUCAGUCUAAUAGACAUCUCUACCAUCCCAUCAUAUGACUGGAUGAGAAGAGUCACACAGAGGAAAAAAACAUCAAAGAAGGGAAAGGUUUGUCUUCUGUUUGACCAUCUGGAGCCCAUUGAGUUGGCAGAGCACCUAACAUUUCUAGAAUAUAAGGCCUUUAGAAGGAUAUCUUUUACAGAUUACCAAAGCUACGUCAUCCAUGGGUGCCUAGAGGACAAUCCAACCUUGGAAAGAUCGAUCGCUUUAUUUAAUGGGAUCUCUAAAUGGGUGCAACUUAUGGUACUCAGCAAACAAAGCCCACAGCAAAGAGCACAAGUUAUAACCAAAUAUAUUUAUAUUGCACAGAAAUUACUUCAGCUCCAGAAUUUCAAUACACUGAUGUCUGUGGUCGGUGGACUAAGCCACAGUUCCAUAUCACGUCUCAAGGAUACUCACGCCCAUCUCUGUGCAGAUGUCACAAAGGUCUGGAAUGAAAUGACUGAGCUCGUCUCAUCUAAUGGAAACUACUGCAACUAUCGAAAAGCAUUUGCCGAAUGCGAAGGAUUUAAAAUUCCUAUUUUGGGGGUUCACCUGAAAGACUUAAUUGCUGUGCAUGUCAUUUUCCCUGACUGGAUAGAUGACAAUAAAGUGAACAUUGCUAAAAUGCAGCAGCUGUAUGUAACCCUUAAUGAACUGGUUUCCCUUCAGAGUGCUUCUCACCACCUAGAGACCAGCAUGGAUUUGAUCAAUCUAUUAACGUUGUCACUGGAUUUGUAUCACACUGAAGAUGAUAUUUACAAGCUUUCCUUGGUGCUUGAGCCGCGGAAUCCUAAAUCGCCAACUUCCCCAACAACUCCGAACAAGCCUGUUGUACCACUUGAUUGGGCAGCAGUAGUGACUACAAAGCCUGAUCCAAACAUUAUCAGCAAGCACAUCCGCAAACUUGUUGAAUCUGUUUUCCGAAAUUAUGACCACGAUCAUGAUGGAUACAUUUCCCAAGAGGACUUUGAGAGCAUAGCUGCCAACUUUCCUUUUCUGGACUCCUUCUGUGUUUUAGACAAAGACCAAGAUGGACGAAUCAGCAAGUCUGAAAUGAUGGCAUAUUUUCUGCGGGCUAAAUCCCAGUUUCAUUGUAAACUGGGGCCUGGAUUUAUUCACAACUUCCAAGAGAUGACUUAUUUAAAGCCAACAUUCUGUGAACACUGUGCAGGAUUUCUGUGGGGUAUAAUCAAACAAGGAUUCAAGUGCAAAGAUUGUGGAGCAAAUUGUCACAAGCAAUGCAAAGACCUGUUAGUAUUAGCAUGUCGGAAGCAUUCCAGAGGAGCCUCAACUACCCGGAAUAAUGGCUCUCUGCCAAGCAGUCCAUCACUCGCCCCAGCUCAAGAUGAAGUUUUUGAAUUCCCGUCAAGUGGAAGGGAUAAUCAUGACUUAGAUGGAAGAGCUAUUACUCUGGUUACUGGCUCUGCCAGAAAGAUUUCCGUGCGCCUUCAACGUUCCACCACAAGCCAGGCAACCCAAACUGAUCCGGUGUGGCCUGAUUCUGCCUGGAAUGACAGUGGAUCUCAUACAUUUCCAAAAAUGAAAUGCAAGUUCUAUGGAAAAUCUACAAAAAAUAAAGCAUUUGCAAAAUGGGAAAAUGAAAAUUCAAGCAUGGAAAGCAACAUGGACAUUAUUGAAGUAAACAGUACUGAAAAUUCCCCAGGGCAGUCUGAAACAGAAACCAAGGAGAAGAUACAAAAGUAUAAUGAGAUCACGUCCACCAUGCUGGAUCCACUGAUGUCACCACUGAUGUCACACACAGUUUUUUGGAUGACUGAUGAUAGUUGAUUCGCUCGUUUAUUCCAUGGAUGUCCUGUAAACACCUUUGGCUGGAAGAAGAUAUAAGCAACUGUGUGGAAUGAACUGAACCCUUCUUGGCAAUAUUCUGUUGCCUCCAUGACUGUAAAGAUGCACUAUUUCUUCUGUAGAACCAGGAACAUGACUGCCUGUCUCUCCUUCAACCACUGGAGGAACCUGAACAGAAGUUUAAUGAAUCUCAAAGAAAAUAUUCAUCUUUCUCUGAUUUUCCUCACACUACAUUCCAUUUUUAACUGUAACUCUAUGUAAAGAUAUGAAUGAUAUUUAUUUUUCUGAGAGCACGGGAAGCAGAAACUGCCACAAAGGACUGUUUUUAUUUUUAAUUCACUUGUUAUAGUCGUGAGCUCAAGAAACCUCAAUAAUGAUAAAUACUGAAUCAAUAAUAGCAGAUAUUGCGGAGAGGAAGCACAUGGGUUUUUGGAAUUAUGCCACAACAUAAAAGUCAUUAGCGGGUCAAUAAAUAUAAAGUACUAGCUGAGGGUUUUUGGAACAGUUCAUGUUAGGAGGCAUAACAGUUUAUUUAACCCAUAUAUUAAAGUACAAGCCGUUGUGGCAAUGGUGGCCAUUUAAAGGGGCACUAUCAAUGUUUUAAAUGCCUCAAGUACGGGAUAUAUAAACAUACAUUAAAGGAGAAGGGAAGGAAUGUAAAAAACACCUAUAAUGUGGCCAUACACGCACAGAUAUUAUCGUACGAAACCUAGUUCUGUACGAUAUGUGGCGUAUGUACGGCGGAUCAGCAACACUGUCGUUAUUGCAGAAGCGUCGGAUAUUGGUCGUCUUGUCGAUCGGGUGGGACAAAAGAUUUUGCUCGCCCGCUGUUGAAGGCACCCGAGUGGAUGCGAAAAAAAUAACUGCAACAAAAUCUUGUGCGACCUUUCUUCUGGAACAUUAGCUCAUUUAAAAAAAAAUGCCACAGAAUAUUCCCGCGUGUGCUUUGGCUCAGAAAAAGAGUCGCAUGCUGGCGAGAAUCACAGUGUUCCAUUCAUUUACAAUAAGGCUAAAUAACUUAAAUGUUUUAGUAAACUGGGAAAUAAAUAAAUCAAGUUGUUAGAGACAAUUCCCAUUGACUUCUAUUGAACCGUGCCGAGUUUUUUUCUGGCAAUGUAUAUGAUUUUUUCUUUAACACCCACUAUUUGUGGUUCCUAAGAAUUUUCUUAAGUAUAGGACGGUGUUUUCAUUUUUUCACUGCGCUUUUUUUUUCCAAAUCAUGAAAAGAAUGCACUUGAAAUUUGAUAAAUCUGCCCCUAAGUCCAAAUGUUAAGUUACUUUGCUCCAACUGGAUUGCUAUAUUAGUUAUUUCAAAUUCUAUGCCUUAUUUAAAAUGUUGUCUGUUGAUCCCCAUCUCUUUGUCAAUUCCUCCACCAGUGGCACACAAUGUGCAUGCGGGAAUUUUUAUUUCCACCACUGACCCAGAGAACAUCAUUCUUCUCUGACGCAUUCCAGAGAAAAAUGUAAAUAUUUCGGUGCAUUUGUAAAGGAAUGCAGAGGUGCUGGAGUCAGCAAAAGAGGUUGUUAUCGAUGUGCUUGGUACAUUCUUUCUCUAUAGCAGCCAUCUAAAUGCAGAGCUGAGAUGUGCAGGGCUUUAAAGGGGUUGUUCACCUUUAAAGGGGACCUGUCACCAAGACAUAAAUAGUGUAUAAAAAAAUUAAACAUGAAAUCCAAAUUCUUUUUUUUAUUUAAACAUUCAUACCUGUUAUAAAUGUAUUUAAAAAGUUGAUCUGUCGAUCAUAGAUUGUCUACCCCGCUGCUAUGCCCCCGGCAGGCAAUUACUUUCACUUUUUCAUUCAGCUCUUCCUAGAUGUCAUUGCAUUUAUGUGUCAUUGCAUUAUUUUUUAAAUAAAUGCCGUUUUUCAGUCAUUUAGCUUUUUGUGCAGCAGUAGCCUAACAGAGGAAGUUUUGGCUGCCAGGUACAGUGACCCCCAUUUGACAGCUGGAAAGAGUCAGAAGAGGAAGGAAAAUAAUUAAAAAAAACUAUAAAAAAAUAAAUAGCAUUUGAAAAGUUGCUAAGACUGAAAGUUAAACUGAAGGUGAACUACCCCUUUAAAUAGUUAUCUUGCAAACCUUUAUGAUCCGUUAUGAUUACAUUCAAUUAGAGUGGGUAGUUGUGGAGGUGGUGCUUGGGGACCUAUGCGCAUCACACAUAAUUAUGCAAGAUGUUAUUGCGCAUUCAAUGGCCCUAGGCUCUAGGCCAUUGCUUGUGGGGAAGGAAAGGUAGCAGGGCUGUUUUUGGAUACAGGUAUCUGAUUCUAUUUGCAGAGAUGGUAACAUUGCAGGGAGCAUGGCUCACAGUAGCACUGCAAGCAUAUGUUACUUAUUUCAGAAUAAUGGGCAAUAGACUUUCCUUUUCCUUUAAGAUGUUCAUAUUUUGAUUAAAAAUGUGUAUUUUCUUGAGGUGGCUUGUCUAGGCAACAGCCUUGUGGUCUAUAAAAUGGCAACUAGGUCUUUAACUGCAUUCUUGUUCCAUAGACUACUUUAUUACAUGUUGUACACCCCCUUGUCUAAGAUGAGUACAGAAACAUGUAUGUUUUUUGUGAUUUCUAGACCUAAACAGAGCAAACAGAUGUUUCUAACUUCCUUGCAAGGCAGAUAAUUAGAUUACCAGCGCACAUAAAAACCAAACCUACACAAUGGACUUCUCCUCUCCUUAAAAGCGUCACAACAAAGGGGUUGUUUAUGCACAGUUAUUACUACUGAAUUAUUUAUUUGGUUAAAUAAACAAAAAUAACUGCAAAUAAUAUAAAAAAAAAAUAUCAGUGAAUAAAACAAACAUGAUAGUGUCUCUCUAUGUUGUUUUGAUUUAGGAGCAUUUACAAAUUAGUGUAUUUGAGUUAACAGCCCUAGCACAAUAAUAUGUUAUAUAUUUACUCCAUAGUUAUGUUAGGGUGUAGAUUUUACAUGAUUCUUCCAUCUACCUGUACAAAUAUAUACACCUCUUUUUGGUCAGUUAGCACAUUUAUGGGCCCUUAGACUAAUGCCAGAGAGGACUGAUUUUCGGCCUGCAUUUAUCUGCCCCUCAAUCAGCCCCUAUGCUGGAAUCAGCAUUUUGCCUGUGCCUGCACCUGGAGCCAUUGCUUCGGCCCGGAUGCAGGCACAUGGAGCAGGUUUCAGUUCCUAAAUGCACCUACUUCGGAUCUGGGUGAGGCACAGGCAAAGGCUGAUGUCAGUGUAGGCAUCAGCCCCUUCUGCCAUUAGCCUUAAAGCCCUUAGUGCACUUAUCAGUUGUUCCUAGCAUUACAACUGUGGCAUCCUUCCUGUCCCAAAUUAAAGGUGUAGAAUGCCAGGCUAUCCUAAAACUACCCAGUUUGCAUGUUCUGAAUAAUGCACAAGUGAGUAUGCAGUGCUGCUAAGCACAUGCAGUGCUGCACAGAGGGAGAGGCGCCCCCAGUAGUUGCAAAUUUAAUUGUGGCAAAAGUGCAAAAAACAUGUCUUUUUGUCCCUUGCCUCAUUUUUGUAGACCCCCCUUAGGGGUCACUUUAUAAUGCCCCAUACAGUGUGCAAAGAUAAAAAAGGGUACAUUUGUUAGGCAGAACUCAAUUUAAGGGGAGGUGGGGGGAGGCAUGUAGUCGUUCCCCCUCCUGCCCUCCACCUUGCAUGCCAUUCAGUGUUUCAAGGUACAGAGCUAUAAAAGCUGCAACCUGCAUUGAGGCCCUGCCCUUACUGCCUGCUCCCCUGUGGCAGACCUUUUAAUGCUACUCUGCAUGGAAUGCAGAGAGCAGAAUGUUUGAUUUUUUCCUAUAAUUUGUUUUCCCGACCUAGUCAAGUAGCCAUAAGAAAGAGGAAUUCAGCUAAAGUUUGUUUUUAGAAGCUUGUGGAUCAAGUUUUGUUUGUAAGGCUUUCAUGUCAAGGCCAAACUGAAUUCUUUUUUUUUUAUUAAAACAUCCAUACCUGUUAUAAUUGUAUUUAAAAAUGUCAGCUGUCAAUCAUAUUUUGCCUGUCCCAUCUCUAUGCCUAAGGCAUACUGUAGAGGCAGGCAUUACUGUCACCUUCCAUUUAGCACUUCCUUGAGUUCACUGCCCUUCUCUUAUUCAUCCUUCCUCCUCAUGCUUUCAGUAGUCUGGGCAUAGGCAUUAGGUCCCCCAUUCUGGCACAUACACAAGAUUUUGGAGUGAUACAAAACUACAAAUAACAGUGUCCUCUAAAUGGCACCUGCCUGCUUGCUGUGAUUGUAAAUUCUAAGCCCGAAGGAAAAGAUAAUUUAAAUAAUUUAUAUAGUGUAAGUAAAGUUUUUUGCUCAAUUAUUUCUUAGAGUGACAGGUCACCUUUAACACUGCAGUUAUUGUUAGGUUCACAAUGUUUGAAGUUCCUCCACAUAAAAGAAAUAAAAAUAUAAGCAGAACAGUGGAUUGGGGUCAUGGCAUUCCUGAUAGGCUCUACUUUGGAGAAGCAGUGGCUGUUGGCACAUAUGAGAAACAAGGGGUCCCUCAGGCCUCACCAGGUUUGUAAGUAGAGACUUAACAAGUGAGGCUGGCCUCACAAUUUCAGAAAGACUGGCAAAUGAUUAGUUGGAAUUCACCUUGCCUUUAUUUAUAGUAAGUUUAUGUUUAUAGAUACUGUAAUUGGAUUGCCAAAAACCUUUGCAGGCCGCUGGUUGGAUGACUGUCCUACUGUAUACUAUUGAGUAGUGCUCAUAAUGUAAUAUAAUAAAUAAAGAAGUCAUGUAUUUUUUGUGAAA